AUGGAGCAGGAUGAUGGAGAGCCAGCCGCUUUUGGGAGAUGCUGUCACUGCAAUCCUGGAGUCUUCCAGGCUGGAGUCAUACGCCAGACAUGUUUAGUCCAAAACUACCUACUAGUCCUCUUUCCCAUCUCUUCUGGCUCCCGCUCUAUGGCCUGUGAUUUCUCUGCUGAUGCUCAAUUGCUGUCCACCAUAUCAGGAAAUCUAUUGGUGGUUACGGCCCUGGUUUGUGGACGCAUCGUUGCAUUGAACGCAUGUUGUCUAGUAGUAGUAGCUAGUUGGGGGAUUUCCCGUGCCCACGCAGACCCACGGUCAUUGUGUACACACCGACAACAAACUAUAGGCUACAUCUCAAACACCAGCACGCAACAUCACGGGCUUUUCUCCCUUGACCGCACAGGAGGGCCGCGCAAAGGUGUCGGGUCGCCGCAGAUUCUGGCCGGCUCGGGUUACUGCAAGUGGUUUAAUGUCCGCAUGGGGUUUGGAUUUAUAUCGAUGACCAGCAGCGAGGGGAAGCCAGUGGACCCUCCACUAGACGUGUUCGUUCACCAAAGUAAACUGCACAUGGAGGGCUUCCGAAGCCUGAAGGAGGGUGAGGCUGUUGAGUUCACGUUCAAGAAGUCCUCCAAGGGUCUCGAGUCCCUGCGGGUGACGGGUCCUGGAGGAGCUCACUGUCUGGGCAGUGAGAGGAGACCCAAAGGCAAAAGCAUCCAGAAACGCCGGGCCAAAGGAGACAGGUGUUAUAAUUGUGGCGGUCUGGACCACCAUGCCAAAGAGUGCAAGUUGCCUCCCCAACCCAAAAGAUGCCAUUUCUGCCAAAGUGUCGCACACAUGGUCGCCAACUGCCCCGCCAAAGCCCAGCAGUCCUCUCAGGGGUUUCAGGAGAAGUCUGGCGGUUUCAAAGAAGAGAAAUCGGAGCACAGCCAUUCCCCGCCACCCGCAGGGAGCGCCGACUGAGACGGCAGAGGACGCCGGGACGACGCUUAAUAAACCAAUCAUAUCACUAUACUGGAAAGACAAAUGCUAAUGCUGCUGUUGGAACUCCCUCAGGUCUAUAAGAGCAACAGAUGAGAAGAAUGUAACGUUUUUAUUGGUUUAACACUCAGGAACAGAGCUGCUCUCAGGAAUUUCAGUACAAUGUUUGGUGCGCAGAAGUAGCUAUCUCAUAUCUCAUUCGGGGGACGUUUACACGACAGCGGUUUGCUAAAAACGCAAAUGUUCUCCUUUGCGUUUUGCUUUUUAAGUUUUUAAUAGACAAAAUGAUCCCCGUUUACACUAAUCCACGUAAAAAACCUGAACAUGCUGUGUUAUGCAUGCCAGGCCAGUAGUUGGCGAUAUCACUUUGUAAAGAAACACUAUGCACCUGCAAACAUACGCAUUUUUACGUGCUCGCGCAUGCCUACAGACUGGACCCGUUAUGAAAUUAGCAUUGCAAAGUCAUUUUUGCGGCUUACAGCGAGAAAAUAAUGGU